AUGAGUAAUGGCUUUAGGGUGUUUGUCGGCGGUCUGUCUCAUUGCAUUAGCGAGAGGGAUCUCUCGAGGUUUUUCCAGAAAAUUGGCAGAGUCAAGGAUAUUGCUAUGAAGAACGGAUAUGCUUUUGUGGAAUUUCAUAACUACCGUGAUGUUGAUGAUGCAGUAUAUGAAUUGAAUGGCUGUCAACUCAAUGGCAAAAGAGUUACUGUUGAACGAGCUCGUGGAACACCAAGAGGCAGUGAUGUUUGGCGUGGUUUACGGCGAGGUGGUGAUUUAUCACCUUCUCCUCCAAGACGACCUCGUCGUGAUUCUAGGGAUGACAGAAAUGAUAGGUAUGGUCCACCAAUAAGAACAAAUUAUAGAUUAAUUGUUGAAAAUUUGUCAAGUUGUGUUAGCUGGCAGGAUUUAAAGGACUUCAUGCGCCAAGCUGGGGAGGUUACUUAUGCUGAUGCACAUAAUCAACGUAAAAAUGAAGGUGUUGUCGAGUUUGCAUCCUAUUUGGAUCUUAAAAAUGCAUUGGACAAGUUGGAUGAUACAGAAUUAAAUGGACGUCACGUAAGACUCUUAGAAGACAGAAGUAUUAGUCGCGGUCGUGGCGGAGGCAGGCGCAGUCGUAGUCCUUCUAGUUCUCGUACUCGUUCACAUCGGCGUGUACGCUCUCGUUCAAGAAGUAGGUCACGAAGCCAUUCGAAGUCAAAGUUUGAGCCUCGUUCGAAAUCUCCUUACAAAUAUGUAUUACCAGCUCAUUCUAAAUUGUGUUACCGUUCAGGAUCUAUAGAUAAAAAGAGGUCUCAGUCAUGUUGA